AUGUCAGGAAAGCAGGCCAAGAAGGUGGCUGGUGGGGAGUUUGUUCUCCGGAUUGGGCCUCAUGGGCAUUGCGGAGGUUUGCUCCAGGAGAACUGCAAGUAUCGAGAGGUCUCAAACGCCGAGGCCGGAGAUGAGAUCAAGACACUGUCGCCCCAAAAUCCGGGAACGCCACAAGCGGGCAAGAUUGAGGAACU